CGCGCUAACAAUCGCGAUGGUUGGGUCCACCUCCUCUCGCCAGCCUAGGAGAAUUUCCUAGACCCUGGGGUGGGGCGGGAGGCGGCAGUUUGGGGUGGGUCAGGGCGGAGCUGAGGAGUCUGUGGAGGCGGAAGCGGCGGCCCGGGGGGGCGGAGAAAGGGGCUGGUCCCGGAAGGAGGAGGAAACCCUGAAAAGAAAACAGCAACAAGCUGAGCUGCUGUGACAGAGGCAAACAAAAUGGCGGCGCUGAAGGGGAGCCUCUGGUUCAGGGCCCAACUGGGGCUUCCGCCGCUGCUGCUGCUGACCAUGGCCCUGGCCGGAGGCUCGGGAACCGCUUCAGCUGAAGCGUUUGACUCAGUCUUGGGUGAUACGGCGUCUUGCCACCGGGCCUGUCAGUUGACCUACCCCUUGCACACCUACCCCAAGGAAGAGGAAUUAUACGCAUGUCAGAGAGGUUGCAGACUAUUUUCAAUUUGUCAGUUUGUGGAUGAUGGAAUUGAUUUAAAUCGGACCAAAUUGGAAUGUGACUCUGCAUGUACAGAAGCAUAUUCCCAAUCUGAUGAGCAAUAUGCUUGCCAUCUUGGUUGCCAGAAUCAACUGCCAUUUGCUGAAUUGAGACAAGAACAACUCAUGUCCCUGAUGCCAAAAAUGCAUCUACUCUUCCCUCUAACUUUGGUAAGGUCAUUCUGGAGUGACAUGAUGGAUUCUGCACAGAGUUUCAUAACCUCUUCAUGGACGUUUUAUCUUCAAGCUGAUGAUGGAAAAAUAGUUAUAUUCCAGUCUAAGCCAGAAAUCCAGUAUGCACCACAGUUGGAACAGGAAUCUACAAAUUUGAAAGAAUCAUCACUAAGCAAAAUGUCCUAUCUGCAGAUGAGAAGUUCACAAGCACACAGGAAUUAUCUUGAAGAUGGAGAAAGUGAAGGCUUUUUAAGAUGCCUCUCUCUUAACUCUGGCUGGAUUUUAACCACGACUCUUGUCCUCUCGGUGAUGGUAUUGCUCUGGAUUUGUUGUGCAGCUGUUGCUACAGCUGUGGAGCAGUAUGUUCCUGCUGAGAAGCUGAGUAUAUAUGGUGACUUGGAAUUUAUGAACGAACCAAAACUAAACAAAUAUCCAGCUUCUUCUCUUGUGAUUGUUAGAUCUAAAGCUGAAGAUCAUGAAGAAGCAGGACCUCUACCUACAAAAGUGAAUCUUGGUCAUUCAGAAAUUUAAGCUUUGUUUUUUCAAAGAUAUAUGUAUUAGACAUCUAAACUUCCAUUCUUCAUAGAGCUUUGUAAAGUGGUUUCAUUGGAUAUAGGGCUUAAAAAUCACUAUAAAAUGCAAAUAAAGUUACCCAAAUCUAUGAAGACUGUAUUUGCUAUAACUUUACCUGUAAUUUUUUUCUAGUAAUUUGAGAAAUAGAUAUUUGGGAUUGUAUUUUUAUUUUACUUAAUAGCUAUAGCUACUUUAAUUAUUAUUUUCAUUGGUUUUGUGUGUUUCCUUUCUUAGCAAAUGUAUGAGCUGAUCAUUUUUCUUCUCUACCUUCUACCAUGAUACCUCAGUCACCUUAAUUAGUCAAAAUACGCACGGGGAUAUGAUGCUUCUGCUCAAAAAUAACCCAUAACCUGUAAAUUGAAAUUUACCAGAGAAUGUCCUUUAGUGACACUAUUUUCAGUUGUAUUGAAUUGAAAGCAUUAAAAUUUUAUUUGAAUACUUA